GUGCCUGCGUGCGCGCGCCCCGCCCUUCUUAUAGAGCCGCAGUGGGGCAGCUCUUGGACGAGGCGACAUGGCGGCGGCGCUGCUGCUGGCGCUGGCCUUCACGCUCCUGAGCGGCCAAGGCGCCUGCGCGGCGGCGGGCACCAUCAAAACCUCUGUCCAGGAAGUCGGCUCCAAGACACAGCUUACCUGCUCUUUGAACAGCAGUGGCAUUGACAUCGUUGGCCACCGCUGGAUGAGAGGUGGCAAGGUACUGCAGGAGGACACGCUGCCCGACCUGCAGAUGCAGUACAUGGUGGAUGCAGAUGACCGCUCUGGGAAAUAUUCCUGCAUCUUCCUUCCUGAGCCUGUAGGCAGAGGCGACAUCAAUGUGGAGGGGCCACCCAGGAUCAAGGUUGGAAAGAAAUCCGAGCAUUCCAGUGAGGGAGAGCUUGCGAAACUAGUCUGCAAGUCCGACUCAUCGCACCCUCCUGUUGAGGGGUGGUUCUGGUUUAAGACCUCUGAAGCUGGGGAACAGAACAUCGCCAAUGACACUGAAGGCAAGUACGUUGUGAUAUCCACGCCAGAGAGGACAGAGCUGACCAUCAGCAACCUGGACAUGGAUGAUGAUGCUGGCACCUAUGUGUGCAAUGCCACCAACUCCCAGGGCAGUACUCGGGAGACCAUCUCACUGCGUGUACGGAGCCGUAUGGCAGCCCUCUGGCCCUUCCUAGGCAUCGUGGUUGAGGUCAUAGUAUUGGUUACCAUCAUCUUUAUCUAUGAGAAGAGGCGGAAGCCAGACCAGACCCUGGACGAGGAUGACCCUGGUGCUGCCCCACUGAAGGGCAGUGGAACUCAAAUGAAUGACAAGGACAAGAAUGUACGCCAGAGGAACGCCACCUGAGUGGUGGGGCAGGCGGGGGAGGGGAGGUGCCGGGGUGCCUGACCCCAGCCCAGUGUCUACCUUCACUCCUGUGUCCCAUACUGUCCAGACCUGAGCCUACCCAACUCAACCUGUCCCAACCCAAGUGAAGACAGAGCCUUACCUUAGAGAAAGCCCACCUGGAAGAAGCCACUUGCAGCCCUGUUUCUAGUUUAAACUAAAUGAGGUUUCUAUGCAGACAAUCCAUUCCUUAGGGGUUUAUGUUUUUAUUUUUCCUUCCCUUCUGAAGUGUGUCACUACAGUCCUGUGGAGUGGGGGAAUGAAUGGGGCCUUGUCCUCAGGAGGGAAAGGCCAGGGCACGCACGCUCUGACUUACUGUUGGAGGGGGCUGGGCCUGCUGGGACCCCCCCAAAUAAAGACCUAUCCCACCA